UGAUCACGUGAUGUGGUAAAAGGCCAAUCACAGCGGCCUUUUACCACAUGAUCAGCCGUGUCCAAUGACACGCUGAUCACCGGGAAAUGCAAUUGCCGGUUCUCGGCUGCACUUUCCUCACGCUAGCGAGGAUCAGGGCACUGAUGAUCGGUGCCCAGCAGUGCCACCCACAAGUUCCGCCCACCUGUGCCCAGCAGUGCGCCCACUAGCUCCGCCCCCACCUGUGCCCAGCAGUGCACCCACCUGUGCCCAGCAGUGCACCC